UAUAACAAGUCAAAUGACAAUAACAAUCCAAUAUUUAUUGUCACCUAGUGCGUAACAACUAAACUUGCUAUUAUAGUUACAACACAUUUUCUUUAGUGACAGUCUGUACUUUAUCGUGACUUAAUUCUUAAAAUAUCAAAAAAAUCACAAGUUCAGAUGUAUUAUCCUGCUGGUUCUAAUCGAUCUGUAAUGAUCAUCUUGUUGGUGGCGUACAUCGUACAAGUCGUCAGUGCAACGCCGGUGGGCAAACAGGAAUUCCUCGGGACGCAACCGAUCCCGCCGCCGCCGGCCAUCAAUUCGUCCACGUCGCCCGUCCAGUUUCUAGACGCCGCGCGCCGAGCGGCCGCAUCGCUGUUGCGGGACACGGCGCGCGUGUCGGACAAAGUGCUGUGGAGCACCGGCAAGAUGCUGCUGUCCGCGGGCGAGACGGUCAACUACGUGUGGGACGCGACCCUGCAAGCGUCCGUCCGGCUGCUGAGGGCCGGCGCCGCGGCGUGCAGCUCGAUCGCCGGACGGCUGGCCCACGUCCCGGUGAUCGGGUUCGGCGCGACCGGCGUCAACGAGGCGGUCAGCGUCGCGGUGGACGCGGCCGCCAAGAACGCGGCCCACGACACGCUGGUCCGGAGUCAGGCGUUGGCCACGCUCAACGCCAAGCUGAACGAGAGCGGCGCGCGUCUGCGGCCGGCCGUCGGCCCGGCGGCCACGGCCACUGAUCCGCGACGUCCGGCCGCGUUCUUUCCGCGCGAUUAGCGCCACCGACGCGGACCAAACGCACGUCUCAACACAUAGUCAAUAGCAAUAGCGUCCUGCGAACGCGUACGCUGCUGCACACGCGCAUGCGUCACGGAUGCUGUAGACGUCAGUCGGCCGCUGACUUCCUCGUGCACGACACAUCCACCCGACUCCGGAGCUCGACUUGGAAGACAAAAUUAUAGGACGAUGUCCUGACGAAAUAAUAUUACUGUUGUUGUCAUCGCGAGAUCGAGUUCGUCCGCACGUUUGCCAGCCUUGUAAUACCGCCUUUGUCUGUUGUAAUAAUAUUAAUGUUUUUCACAAUAAUGCGAUUCUUCGACAGAGUUUUAACAAAACGGUUUUAUUAAAAUGUCAAUAUUAUUAAAUACCUUCAUUUGUCUGAUCACACAAACUAAUAUCGACGGAAGAGAUAUUUUGAAAUUCUUUUGAGAAACUACGAAAGAAGUGUCGUUUUCCUGCAUUCCUGUAUUAUUAGAUAGCCAAAACAAUGCACCGCCCAAAACGCUUCACUCGAAAACAGAAAGAGGGAUUUUGACACGCUUAAAUAUUCGAAAAAUUAAAUUUGGAUACUCGGUCUCCUCACCCACUUCCACCUCUACACCACUAAAAAACAAAUUUUAUCACUACAAAGCUAUUACGUUUCGAUUUCAAAUCGUCACUUUUAUUUUGAAAUUAAUUUACAUCCACCUAUACGCGAUAACGUUAGUCCCUUUGCUCUUUUUUCAAUAAUUUAAUUUAUAACCGAAUAAUAUUAAGUAUACAAUUAUACAUUUUUAUUGUUUUAAAUAAAGACCAUUGAGAAAGCACGGAUAUUUUUAUCGUCUUUAAAUUGUGUUUACGACCAGCAAUAAUAAAUAAGCGUGUAUCCAAUAUAAACAGAGUAGACGUUUAAUAAAAAAAUACCCAUACACGAAUAUAAAUUGUCCUUAGCUUACAAAUCACAACUUAUACUACAAUAGUAUGAUGUUUUGCCGUGUCACAUCUACAGUUUGAAAAUUUACCCAAGUAUUAAUUAUAAUAUGUAUUAAAAUUUAUAUG